AUGAUAUUUUUUUUCAGGUUCAUUUGUUAUUUUUCUGCCUCAGUAUCCAGAUAUGUGUUCCAACUACAAAGAUACAGAAUACAACACAAACUUCAACAAGUCCCGUUAUUAAACACCAAAUCCCGCACAGAAGAGCCAUCAAAAAUAUCACCGACUACUGCAAAUGGGCACGUUUUUGUUUCCACUAGAAGCAAAUUUCCUUCUAUUUUCAACGAAGGCCACCCUGCAACAAUUCCGCCUGCUACAAAUGGGCACGUGUCUGAUUCAAUUACAAUUAAUGUUGCUUGUAUUCCAAACACAACCCAGACUUCAACAAUUCCGACUACUACAAAUGGGCACGUGAUUGUUUCCACUACAAGUCAAGCUCGUUCUAUUCCAAACACAACCCAGCCUUCAAUAAUUCCGACUACUACAAAUGGGCACGUGUUUGUUUCCACUACAAGCCAAGCCCAUUCUAUUCCAAACACAACCCAGACUUCAUCAAUUCCGACUACUACAAAUGGGCACGUGUUUGUUUCCACUACAAAUCAAGCUCGUUCUAUUCCAAACACAACCCAGCCUUCAAUAAUUGCGACUACUACAAAUGGGCACGUGUUUGUUUCCACUACAAGCCAAGCCCAUUCUAUUCCAAACACAACCCAGACUUCAUCAAUUCCGACUACUACAAAUGGGCACGUGAUUGUUUCCACUACAAGUCAAGCUCGUUCUAUUCCAAACACAACCCAGACUUCAUCAAUUCCGACUAUUACAAAUGGGCACGUGUUUGUUUCCACUACAAGUCAAGCCCGUUCUAUUCCAAACACAACCCAGACUUCAUCAAUUCCGACUAUUACAAAUGGGCACGUGUUUGUUUCCACUACAAGUCAAGCUCAUUCUAUUCCAAACACAACCCAGACUUCAAUAAUUCCGACUACUACAAAUGGUCACGUGUUUGUUUCCACUAAAAAUCAAGCUCGUUCUAUUCCAAACACAACCCAGCCUUCAAUAAUUCCGACUACUACAAAUGGGCACGUGUUUGUUUCCACUACAAGCCAAGCCCAUUCUAUUCCAAACACAAUCCAGACUUCAUCAAUUCCGACUACUACAAAUGGGCACGUGUUUGUUUCCACUACAAGUCAAGCUCGUUCUAUUCCAAACACAACCCAGCAUUCAAUAAUUCCGACUAUUACAAAUGGGCACGUGUUUGUUUCCACUACAAGCCAAGCCCAUUCUAUUUCAAACACAACCCAGACUUCAUCAAUUCCGACUACUACAAAUAGGAACGUGUUUGUUUCCACCACAAGUCAAGCUCGUUCUAUUCCAAACACAACCCAUCCUUCAAUAAUUCCGACUACUACAAAUGGUCACGUGAUUGUUUCCACUACAAGUCAAGCUCGUUCUAUUCCAAACACAACCCAGACUUCAUCAAUUCCGACUACUACAAAUGGGCACGUGUUUGUUUCCACUACAAGUCAAGCUCGUUCUAUUCCAAACACAACCCAGCCUUCAAUAAUUCCGACUAUUACAAAUGGGCACGUGAUUGUUUCCACUACAAUUCAAGCUCGUUCUAUUCCAAACACAACCCAGCCUUCAAUAAUUUCGACUAUUACAAAUGGUCACGUGAUUGUUUCCACUACAAGUCAAGCUCGUUCUAUUCCAAACACAACCCAGCAUUCAAUAAUUCCGACUAUUACAAAUGGGCACGUGAUUGUUUCCACUACAAGCCAAGCCCAUUCUAUUCCAAACACAACCCAGCCUUCAAUAAUUCCGACUACUACAAAUGGGCACGUGUUUGUUUCCACUAAAAAUCAAGCUCGUUCUAUUCCAAACACAACCCAGCCUUCAAUAAUUCCGACUACUACAAAUGGGCACGUGUUUGUUUCCACUACAAGCCAAGCCCAUUCUAUUCCAAACACAACCCAGACUUCAUCAAUUCCGACUACUACAAAUGGGCACGUGUUUGUUUCCACUACAAAUCAAGCUCGUUCUAUUCCAAACACAACCCAGCCUUCAUCAAUUCCGACUACUACAAAUGGUCACGUGAUUGUUUCCACUACAAGUCAAGCUCGUUCUAUUCCAAACACAACCCAGCCUUCAAUAAUUCCGACUACUACAAAUGGGCACGUGUUUGUUUCCACUACAAGCCAAGACCAUUCUAUUCCAAACACAACCCAGACUUCAUCAAUUCCGACUACUACAAAUGGGCACGUGUUUGUUUCCACUACAAAUCAAGCUCGUUCUAUUCCAAACACAACCCAGCCUUCAAUAAUUGCGACUACUACAAAUGGGCACGUGUUUGUUUCCACUACAAGCCAAGCCCAUUCUAUUCCAAACACAACCCAGACUUCAUCAAUUCCGACUACUACAAAUGGGCACGUGAUUGUUUCCACUACAAGUCAAGCUCGUUCUAUUCCAAACACAACCCAGACUUCAUCAAUUCCGACUACUACAAAUGCCUUCAAUAAUUCCGACUACUACAAAUGGGAACGUGUUUGUUUCCACCACAAGUCAAGCUCGUUCUAUUCCAAACACAACCCAGCCUUCAAUAAUUCCGACUACUACAAAUGGUCACGUGAUUGUUUCCACUACAAGUCAAGCUCGUUCUAUUCCAAACACAACCCAGCCUUCAAUAAUUCCGACUACUACAAAUGGGCACGUGUUUGUUUCCACUACAAGUCAAGCUCGUUCUAUUCCAAACACAACCCAGCCUUCAAUAAUUCCGACUACUACAAAUGGGCACGUGAUUGUUUCCACUACAAGUCAAGCUCGUUCUAUUCCAAACACAACCCAGCCUUCAAUAAUUCCGACUACUACAAAUGGUCACGUGAUUGUUUCCACUACAAGUCAAGCUCGUUCUAUUCCAAACACAACCCAGCAUUCAAUAAUUUCGACUAUUACAAAUGGGCACGUGAUUGUUUCCACUACAAGCCAAGCUCAUUCUAUUCCAAACACAACCCAGACUUCAUCAAUUCCGACUACUACAAUGGUCACGUGUUUGUUUCCACUAAAAAUCAAGCUCGUUCUAUUCCAAACACAACCCAGCCUUCAAUAAUUGCGACUACUACAAAUGGGCACGUGUUUGUUUCCACUACAAGCCAAGCCCAUUCUAUUCCAAACACAACCCAGACUUCAUCAAUUCCGACUACUACAAAUGGGCACGUGAUUGUUUCCACUACAAGUCAAGCUCGUUCUAUUCCAAACACAACCCAGACUUCAUCAAUUCCGACUAUUACAAAUGGGCACGUGUUUGUUUCCACUACAAGCCAAGCCCAUUCUAUUCCAAACACAACCCAGACUUCAUCAAUUCCGACUACUACAAAUAGGCACGUGUUUGUUUCCACCACAAGUCAAGCUCGUUCUAUUCCAAACACAACCCAGCCUUCAAUAAUUCCCACUACUACAAGUGGUCACGUGUUUGUUUCCACUAAAAGUCAAGCUCGUUCUAUUCCAAACACAACCCAGCCUUCAAUAAUUCCGACUACUACAAAUGGGCACAUGUUUGUUUCCACUACAAUUCAAGCCCAUUCUAUUCCAAACACAACCCAGACUUCAUCAAUUCCGACUAUUACAAAUGGGCACGUGUUUGUUUCCACUACAAGUCAAGCUCGUUCUAUUCCAAACACAACCCAGCCUUCAAUAAUUCCGACUACUACAAAUGGUCACGUGAUUGUUUCCACUACAAGUCAAGCUCGUUCUAUUCCAAACACAACCCAGCCUUCAAUAAUUCCGACUACUACAAAUGGGCACGUGUUUGUUUCCACUACAAGUCAAGCUCGUUCUAUUCCAAACACAACCCAGCCUUCAAUAAUUCCGACUAUUACAAAUGGGCACGUGAUUGUUUCCACUACAAGUCAAGCCCAUUCUAUUCCAAACACAACCCAGACUUCAUCAAUUCCGACUACUACAAAUGGGCACGUGUUUGUUUCCACUACAAGUCAAGCUCGUUCUAUUCCAAACACAACCCAGCCUUCAACAAUUCCGACUAUUACAAAUGGGCACGUGAUUGUUUCCACUACAAGCCAAGCCCAUUCUAUUUCAAACACAACCCAGACUUCAUCAAUUCCGACUACUACAAAUAGGCACGUGUUUGUUUCCACCACAAGUCAAGCUCGUUCUAUUCCAAACACAACCCAGCCUUCAAUAAUUCCGACUACUACAAAUGGUCACGUGAUUGUUUCCACUACAAGUCAAGCUCGUUCUAUUCCAAACACAACCCAGACUUCAACAAUUCCGACUAUUACAAAUGGGCACGUGAUUGUUUCCACUACAAGUCAAGCUCGUUCUAUUCCAAACACAACCCAGCCUUCAACAAUUCCGACUAUUACAAAUGGGCACGUGAUUGUUUCCACUACAAGUCAAGCUCGUUCUAUUCCAAACACAACCCAGACUUCAUCAAUUCCGACUACUACAAAUGGGCACGUGUUUGUUUCCACCACAAGUCAAGCUCGUUCUAUUCCAAACACAACCCAGACUUCAAUAAUUCCGACUACUACAAAUGGUCACGUGAUUGUUUCCACUACAAGUCAAGCUCGUUCUAUUCCAAACACAACCCACAAUUCCGACUAUUACAAAUGGGCACGUGAUUGUUUCCACUACAAGUCAAGCUCGUUCUAUUCCAAACACAACCCAGACUUCAUCAAUUCCGACUAUUACAAAUGGGAACGUGUUUGUUUCCAUCACAAACCAAUCCGCUUCGUUCAUUUCUCUCUCUCUCUCUCUCUCUCUCUCAGCAAUGUUUCCGAUCAUUUCAUCCCGAUUCGAAAGAGAGUUGUGAAAUUCUACUCUCUCUGUGCAUAG